AUGGGACCUGGAUAUUGGUGGCUUUGCGGUGACGGAAGGGCUAGAAAGAGCUUACCUUUAAGCUGGAAAGGACAUUGUACUAGACGGUAUCUUUCGCCUGGAGCAAGCAUUCACAAAGGUACCUCCCCUCUUACGGGACUUUUAAGAACCCCCUGGAUUCGUUUUAAGAGAGCGGAGAAUCCGUUGGUAAUUCGAGGCACCGGCUUUCCUAGCUUUGUGCGAUGGUUAAUCCCCUCUUUGGGAGUAAGCGAGUUAGAGAAAGCUAUAGUUAAUAUAUCGGCUACUGUCGAAACUCCGGAAAAUUUAACAUUGGAUGCCAUACCAGGAAUACAAUUAGAAGUAGAAUCUUUAAGCAAGGUGGUAAAGCAAAAUCGAAUGGGAUUAGCUAUGCUUUUAGCUGAGGAAGGAGGAUUGUGCCUGGUUAUUAAUCAAACCUGUUGCACCUAUGUAAACCAGAAUAAAAGAAUAGAAACAGAUUUGAAUGAAAUCUGGGAAAAGACCAAGGUGUUACAUCGUGCCCAAGAUGAUACAUCCUGGGGUUUCUCGGAAAUAUGGGAAAAGCUCACCUCUUGGUUACCUAAUUUAGGAUGGCUGAGGCAAUUAUUUGUUACAAUGGUUUGGAUCAUAAUGCUAGGUAUCAUUUUGUGUAUUUUGAUUAGGUGUAGCCUUUGGUGUUGCAGGAGUACGGGAGAUUCUUAUAGUGAAUGGAAAAGGAACCAAUUACGAUGA